ACUGACCUUCUCUGUGAUCCUAACAGGUGUGACGUCACCGCAGGGGAGCACCUUGAGAAGACGGACAUCACCAAAGUUCUCUACAGGCUCCUUGAGAGCAACUCUAAUGGAGGUGUAAAGUGGGCAGGAUGGGCAGGGAACUCGAGUCGUGCUCCUGCAGAGCAAGAGGCCUUUUACUCUUCAUUAGCUGGAGAGGAUCCCUCGGAUGACGCCACCGCCUCUCUGAGAUCCAAAUGUCUUCAGCUCCUUGUCUCCACCCUCCGCCCUCAACCGCACGACUUGGACAAGGCCACGGAGCUGGCCGCACAGGUUGAGCAGCACAUCCACUGCAUCCACAAAUGCAAUCAAGUCAAAUACAAAGCCUGUGUGAGAAGUAAAGUAGCCAACUUGAAGAAUCCUAAAAACGGACAUCUGCACCUGGGCCUGAUGAGCGGCUCCCUGACGCCGGAGGCCUUCGCCCGCAUGUCAGCGGAAGAGAUGGCCUGCGCCGAGCUCCAGCAACUGAGGGCAGAAUACUCGUCUCGUGGAGUCAGCGAGCGGCAGCUUCCUCGCAGGGUCGAGGGGACUGAGACGCGGCGGCUCCGCUGCGAGCGCUGCGGCAGUUCAGACUGCAGGGUGACACAGGUGAACCGAGGGGCGCUCUUCCUGCCAGCGUGGGUGCGGCGUGGAAGCCCUGACGACCAGGCGAUGACCUUUGUGACAUGCAGCAGCUGUGGGCAGCAGUGGUAUCACAGCGGAUGGGUAUGCCUCUGAUUUUUGUUGUCGAGCCAGCUUCUUUUACAGAUAAACUGUUGUCAACACUUUGUCUGGCCAAUCUCAUUUUAGUCAUGUCCACAUGGAAUAUCAAAUCUCAACAUGAUGGUUAUUCUUUGAACGUAGCACAAAUCUUGAGGAACUUUGUGUACAGUGCACACCCGUCUUUUCAUUUUAAAAAUAUAAUGUGGCUCUUGAGCACAAAACUUCAACACACCCCUUAAUUCGAGUUUUCAAUUACCCAGUCAUUUGCUGGGGGAAGUCAACAUCGCCAAAGAAAACCCGAACAAAACCCCACACAACACAGCAUGAGUCAAACCUGACAACUCAGAACUGUGAGGCUGAUGUCCUAACCACUAGUGCGCCAUGCCGCCUGACGUGCACAAAUAUUUAAAGAUGUUUUGAAAAAAAUAAAACGCUGGCCGCAUCACCAUAGCAUCUCAUGUGAUCAGGCAUAUGACCCUCCGAGGAAAUUGCCUAGCAUGUGAAUCUUUCAAAGUGAAACAGCCUGAGGUCCUGUCAAUGUGACAUAUUCAUGAAUUCUGUUGUCCUUGUGAGGUUCUUUUUUUUUUUUUUUAACUCUGUGGACUUUAAUAUCCAUCCAUCCAUUAUCAGAGCAGCUUAUCCGCACGAGGGUCACGCGGGUCACGGCGAGUCUAGACAGGCAGGUAUGAAGGGGCAGCCACAAAUCUUGAGGGGGCAUUGUGCUCCAGCACUUUUUAUCAUGGUUUUGUUUGUUGUUGUUGACUGAACAAAUAAAGAUUUUCAAGAAAACGA